AUGUCAAAAAUAUUUUCUAUAUUAUUGUUAUUAUUCAUUAUUUUUUCUACAUUAAUUUGUGUUAUUGAAUGUAAAAAAAAGAAUUCACAUACAAAAGCCACAGCUGCAGAUGAUGCAAUUCACCAUUCUACACCUAUAAUAAACAAAAAAUCUGGUAAAAAUAAAGGAUCAAAAAAAGAGAAUGACGCAAAUGAUUAUAUUCCAAGUAAUCCUAAAAACCAUCAAACUAUUAUGGAUGAUGAAUUUACUAUUGAAGAUGUUGAUGAAGACAAAAUCGAUGAUUUUAUUAAAGAAGCUUCUAAAAACUUAGUGAUAUUUUUUUAUGAUGGUAAAUUAAAAUGCCCUGAUUGUCAAGAUGCUUUAAAUGUUAUUGAAGAAAUUGAUAGUGCUAUUGAAGAUAGUGGAUAUAUAGAAGUUGUCAAAACAAAUGAUAGAACAGUUGCUAUUGAGUUUGGAAUUCAAACUUAUCCAGCAUUAUUAUAUGUUAGGAGGCAUCGUAAUCCUGUUUUAUGUGAUAUACCAAUUAAUAAUCCUGAAACAAUAUUAAGAUGGAUUAGAGCUCAUGAUGAAAUAGCUACAUGGGAUUUGACAGAUAAUAAUUUUGAAAAUUUAGUUAAUUCAUAUCAACCAAAUGAAGGUUCUUUAGAUUGGUUUGUUAUGUUUUAUAAUGGUGAUGAUGUAGAUGAUAGAGCAUUCAUUGCACUCUGGGAAACAGUAGCACAUAAAUUAAGAGGUUUAGUACAUGUUGGAAAAGUUGAUACAUCAACAAAUGAUGAUGUAACUGAACGUUUUCAAGUUGAUGAACAUUUUACACCAUGUUUUUUACUUUUUCAUAGAGGUAAAAUGUAUCGAUACAAUGAUCCUGCCAAAGAUGUUAGAACAUUAACAUUAUUUGCAUUAUCUAAAUUUAAAGAUCAACGUGGACAUCGUGUACCAGAACCACCAACGUUAAUUGAACAAUUUUAUGAACAACUUAAAGAAUUUGUUCUUGAUGCUGCUGAAGAUUCACAAAAAAUGACUGUUAUUGGUGUUAGUUCUCUUAUAAUAGCCUGUACAAUAUCUUUAAUUUACAAAGCUCAUAAAAUAAAGGCAGCUCAAAUAAACAGAAACGAAGAAGAUAAAGAUAAAACUCAAUAA